ACGAGUAAGUGAAAUAAGGCAGCAGUCAAGUGUGAAGUAUGGCGGCGUGUGUGAGGAAAGCUGCUCAUGAGAUUGAUGUCAGAACGCGAACAGAUGAUGUCCUUUCGUCCCGUGGAGUGGACUUCAGCUCCUUACUACUUUCUAAACCGGUUCUGGAGGGUUUAGCGGCCUCUGGCUUUCAGAGACCUUCACCAAUCCAGCUGAAGGCAAUUCCAUUGGGGCGAUGUGGACUGGAUCUUAUCAUUCAGGCAAAAUCUGGCACAGGAAAGACUUGUGUGUUCUCCACCAUUGCCCUGGACUCCCUGUUACUGGAAAAUGCUGCCACUCAGGUUCUUGUUUUGGCUCCAACCAGAGAGAUUGCUGUGCAGAUCCACUCAGUAGUGAUGGCGAUAGGCAGUGCCAUGGAGGGGCUGGAGUGCCACGUGUUUAUUGGUGGACGACCUGUGAGUCAGGACAAACUCCACCUGAAGAAAUGUCACAUUGCUAUCGGAUCACCAGGUCGUAUAAAGCAACUGGUCGAGAUUGGAGCUCUGAUGACAGCGAGUAUCCGUCUGUUUGUUCUGGACGAAGCGGAUAAACUGCUGGAGGAGGGUAGUUUCCAAGAGCAGAUCAACUGGAUCUUCUCCUCUCUGCCGGUGAAUAAGCAAAUGUUGGCACUCUCAGCAACUUACCCAGAAUCCUUAGCUCAGCAUCUGUGCAGGUACAUGAGAGAGCCGACAUUUGUGCGACUGAACCCCACUGAUCCCGGACUCCUCGGUCUGAAGCAGUUCUAUAAGAUGGUGCACUCUCAUGCUCUGCCUCAUAAGAUCUUUGAGGAAAAAGUGCAGAAUCUACUAGAGCUGUUCAGUAAAGUUCCCUUUAACCAGGCAUUGGUCUUCUCCAAUCUGCAUACAAGGGCGCAGCACUUGGCUGAUGUGUUGUCCUCCAAAGGCCUGCCUGCAGUCUGCAUCUCGGGCAGUCUGAGUCAGGAGCAGAGGCUAGAGGCAAUGUCCAAGCUAAAACAGUACCAAUGUCGAGUUCUUAUCUCCACUGAUUUGACUUCACGGGGUAUAGAUGCAGAGAAAGUGAAUUUGGUGAUUAAUUUGGAUGUGCCUCAGGACUGGGAGACGUACAUGCACAGGAUAGGUCGCGCCGGACGCUUUGGAACUCUGGGGGUCGCGGUAACAUACUGUUGUCAUGGAGAAGAAGAGAACAAAAUGAUGGCCAUUGCUCAGAAGUGCAGCCUGGCUCUUAGCCCAUUACCAGAUCCCAUUCCAGCCGGGCUAAUGGAAGAGUCCUGUGAUUGGAACGUGAUUGUUCAGCCUCCUUCAAAAAAUGCCCUUGCUCUUUCCCUUGGAUCCAGUGUAGAAAAGAGGAAGCCCAAAUCUGAGCAGACAGUCUCUAAAUCCCCUAAAGAGCCUCAGCACACACUUCCCACUAAACAUCAGCCUGAGCAUCACAGUCCAGCAAAGACCCAGAAAUCCAGUAGUGAACGGAACAAGGGUAAAAAUCCCAUCACUGCCCCUGACCAUUUACCAAGUGCUGAAAAUCUAGAGCCUCGUCCAGCUCUUACAAGGAAGGAAAUGCAGGAGGCCCUUCCCAAAAUCCCUCCUCUGCCCUCUUUUAAACCCCAAGCAGUGAGGCCUGUGUCCUUCACUGAUGCCAUGGCUGACUUUGAGAACUUUAUGACUGCUGGCCUGGGACGAUCAGUCGAGAUCAUAAGACAGUAUGGAACGCAUGAUGAAGUAAAUGUCAUGACUGAUGAGCAACAUAAAAACAAUGCUGACAGUAGUGCUUUUAAUAAAUCUUAUAUUAAAGAUAACGAGCAAGUCUUAAUGGAUAGAAUUGCUCAAUCUGAACAGCCACUGAGUUCAGUUUCUUAUCCAGUUUCCUCUAGGGGCAUGUCUGCCAGCUCUUCUUCUUCUUUAGACAGCGAGUCUGAGAUGGAGACAGAACAGAAAACGGAUGCUUCAGCAUCCAGCUCUGUGUCCAGUGCCCCAUACAAGAACUGUGCUCAGCAAAACAUGGCAAAAUCAACACACACAGCCAGUAAGGCAAAGCAGCUCAUCAAACUCAAGCCGAGUCUGUCCAAACCUCAAAUUAAGACUCAUCAUCCUAACAAUUACGCUCAGGCUUUUCAGCACUGUAAGUCAAGGUCAGUGUCUGAGGAAAAGGGGUCUGGGAAGACAGCCAAGGUAAAAGAAGGGAGCUGGAGGACACCGAGAAAGUCUGAGGAGGAGAAGGAAGAGGACAAUGAAUCCUCUGAGGAAGAAGGGAAUGAAGAGGACCAUGACUAUUGGAGGGCAUGUCACCAAGCCUGGGAAGAAUAUUACAGCUCUUUGCAUUCAGCCUAUUACUACCACUCGCAUUAUAACUGGUUGGCAGCAUAUCGCAUGAAUGCUGUAUACAUGAUGGAAAUGAUGAAACGCUGAUCUAAGAACAGUAGAUGUCUGACGUCAGGGGAGAGAUGCCUGUUGAACCUGUUGUCAGAUGUAUAGCACAUAUAGGGGGUUUUGACUCUGAGGUGAUGCACUAGUGCCUAAAAAGGCAGUGUUAAGACACUGUUGACAAGACUUAAGAGGAAACAGUUGAAUCAUACUAUAUAGUGUGUCAUAGAUCAAUUAGCAAUCCUUAAUUUACAUUGUAUUUCUUGCAUUGGCUAAUAAAUUUCUCCUAAUUGAAAUAA